AUGAAAAUGCAAUGGCUUAGAUACACUUCUGAAAACAAGCACCGUUUUCAGUUCAAAUAUUCCAACUCAGAGGAUGUUUUAUUCAACUUUGUAAAUGUGUCAAAGCGCAAGACAGAUAAUCAAGUUAAUGCUUUACAACUGUUGUUCCAAAAUGGUAGACCGAUUGAAAAAAAGAAGAAACAGGAUCUUAUGGAACUUCCUCCUUAUAUUCCUCCCAUAGUCCACCCAUUCUAUGAAGGUCUGAGUACUUCUGCUACAACAGUUGAUGAACUAGCUGAGCAGGCCGAUAGAGAAAAUUUUGAUCCAGUCGAUGACGAAAACACUUAA